UGUUGAAUGUUGGUAUAGACGUUUGAUUUCCAAUAUGGCUGCGCUUAUGUAUUAAUUUUAUUAUGAUUUUUAAUUUGGCGAAGCAAUAUUAUAUUUCUAGAUUAAUUCUGAUUACAAAAAAAAAAUAUAUAUAUAUAUAUAUAUAAAUGUUUUCGUUAUCGGUCAUGAUAUUUUAUCGCCCAAACAGGUGUUAUCAACUGACGAAAUGUUCUUGCGACAGUGGUAGGGUAUUAAGAAUUGAGAAAGCAUUUGGCAGCAUAAUCUUAUUUGACGCUAUUUCUGUGACGUAAAAAAGAUCAACUGGGAACUCUAUGACGAUGAAUAAAUUGAGACUAGGGUCAGAUUACAUUCCCCUCACUGAAGAAGACAUGUUGAAAGUUCGAGCGAUUAUUUCAUUUUCGAGACUAGCUUGGGUCACUGUAUCUAUACCACUGUUAGCAUUUAUUUUCUGUAUUAUUUGGUCUGUACUUUAUAAUUUCGAACAUGCCACUGCAACCCACUGUAAGGUCUACAAUUUUCUUCCAUCGGUUUCUGCAACGAUCGGCCAUUACAGACCUCAAAGAGAUGUUUGGAAAUUGGCGAUUGCUAUACAAAGUGUAACUAGAAUGUUAGUUUUAAUUAUGUAUUAUCGUUAUUAUAAAGAACAUGUAUAUAAAUGGGCACGAUAUAUCAGUAACAUUGUCUUAUCUACGUAUAUUGUCGAAAAUAUAUCUCUAAUAACUCUAAGCUUCUGGACUUCAGACUCAAACUACGCAUUUCACAAAUUAUCUUUCAUAACAUUUUUAUUAAUGUCUUCUAUUCAUAUGCCAUUAUCAUACUUUGUUAUGAAGAAUUGUUGUAACGUAACCAGAGAUUUUUAUGAAACUGCAUCUAUAAGAUGGAAAUGGAGGGCAAUGAUGUCAAAUGUGUUGUCCAUAUUAUUAGCAUGUUAUUUUUUUUAUAGGCAUAAUAAAUAUUGCGAACCAUUAGUAUAUUCGAUGUUCGCUUUGAGUGAAUAUGGCGUUGUUCUCUCAAAUAUGAUGUUUCAUUCGACAGCUGGAUGGGAUUUUGCAACAUCUAGAGUUUUGAUAUCAGGGAAUGCAGGUGAAGGAGCAUUACGACAAUGAAGAACUCUGUUUCCAAUAUUCCCAUUUCCAUUGUCAAAAACAAAGUCGUCUACCAGUUUACCAUCACGGUCUAAUGCUUGUGCCCUAACACCAGCUGGUCCUCUGAAAUACAAUGAAGUUAUUUAAAAUAUUAGAAGAAUUAAAAUAGAAAAUAAAAAGAUAUAAGGUACACGUAUACAACCAUAUAUACCUCUUUACAUCUUUAUACGAAAUUUCUGGUAUAAAUUUUUGAAGAUCCUUUACUGCCAAUGGAUAGAAAAUUGAUUUAAUUAUUUCUGUAACUCCAGGUACAAAGUACCUGAAGCAGAGCUUAUACAAUCCAGGAAAUUUGGCCAUUUCUAUGCAAUCUCUUAUGUUGAUAUUAUUCCAUCUAAAUGGACAAAAUAACAGGACUUCGAUGAGCAUCUUUCAUUCUUACAAUUUUUCAAUGAACUUUUCUGCUGAUCCUUACUUGUAACCUUCUCUAGAUAGCGCCAAAAUUGCAUUCGGGCCUAGCCACAUUUCACCAUUUAUUCUAGGCGUAAAAUGUACGCCCAAGAACGGUAAUUUUGGAUUAGGUACCGGAUAUAUGUUCGUUGUACAUAAAUGUGUUUUAUUUUUAUUUAGAAGAAGGUAUUCGCCUCGGAAGGGAACUAUCCGUGGAUUUUGAUCGCAUCCUGUCAUGACGGCUAAACGGUCCGAAUGUAGACCAGCGCAUGUUAAUACAUAUUUCGUUAAAAUAAACUGAAAUAAAUUACAGAAUGAUCAUAAGUAAGAAUUUAUAAAACUUUUGUCACAUUAAAGGAGAAAUAAGUGCACCUUAUUUUUAGACUGAACGAUUA